GAGGAAGAUGCCAAAUGCCAUUUGCUACAAUAUUGGCGAUGGAAUUGGGACGAAGGCUGGCUGCGACUCGCUUGUGAAGUGACCGUCAUCGUGCUGGUCAUCUUUCAGAUUCUUCUCGACGUCCGUGAUAUCCGACGAAUCGGCAGAGCCAAAUGGUUUUCUGUACUGAGGGCGUUUCCAGCCAAACUCCUCUACAAAGUGUCGUUCAUAUUGGUUCUGUGCGAAAUUCCUAUUCGAUUUUCUUGCCACCUUCAUGACGCGUUUCUGGCCGCCGACAACUUCAUCGCUGCUAUCGCCGUUGUUCUCACGACGCUUCACUACCUUUACUACUGCAGGGCUGUACCAUUUAUCGGUCCUUUUGUACUCAUGGUCUAUACCAUUAUCGCAACGGAUCUUACCAGAUUUUUCUUGAUCUACUCCAUUUUUCUGGUAGGAUUUUCCCAAUCAUUCUACAUAAUUUUCACGGCUUGUGAACGUGCAUCGAAAGAAAUUGAGGCGAAAGGCGGAGACAGCGAGUUCCAGAACGUCAUUGAUAAUCCCUUGGAAGCUCUUCUAAGAACAUUUAUCAUGACAAUUGGCGAAUUUAUGACCAUUUAUAAGGAAAUGGCCUCAUGCGAUUCUGUGCUUAUGAACUUUAUCGGCAAGAUUAUCUUUCUCAUCUUUGAAAUCUUCGUCUCUAUCCUGCAGUUUAACCUGCUGAUCGCUAUGAUGACACGUACAUAUGAGACGAUUUUCGAGACAAAGAAGGAAUGGAAUCGACAGUGGGCCCAGGUGAUCCUGAUGUUAGAGCUAUCGCUCUCACCUAAAGAGAGGCUGAUGCACUUUCUCAAGUACUCACGUCCGACCGGAGUAAACAAGCGUAUAAGGAGCUAUGUGGUCAACCGCAAAAUCGGAGUCGGUGACGGUCUGUCACAGGACGAGGAAAUGAGGCUUCGUGAAGAAAAAGCUCAACACGUCCGUGACGAAAAGCGGCAGCUAAUGAAGAAGAAAAAU